AUGGAAACCAAGAAUAUUCCUUCAAAUUAAAAAGCUAAAAAUCCAUUAAAUAAAUCAUUAAAAUAAAUAUUUGCUAUAUCUCCAGAAAUCAGUAAACAAAAUAGUUAAACCUCAUUUAAUAAAGAUCACCUAAGUACUUAAAUAAAUGAGUCUUUAGAUUUGACGAUUUCAGCUUCUUUACGCAAAGACUUUAAAGGAGAUUUAUCUCUAAGUUAACAAUUAAUACAACAAUAAAAUGAGAGUAUGCAAAAGCAAAAUAGAUUCAAAGUUCUGUAGCAAAAUUUAAUGUUAAACGUCAAAGGGCAUUCCCCAAUAUCGAAUAAGGGAUAAAGAGCUUUGUCUUAGCUGUCUACUUGUUCUUCUACAGAUACUCCUUAGGAUAAAUGUGAGAGCUAAAACUGUCAUAAUAUUAAUUCCACUUAAUCUCUGAACAUCAGCAAUAAUCACCAAAUUUUAUGCAAGCUACCAAAAAUUUAAAACAAAAGCGAACUAUGCUUACAUAAAAUCCACUUUUUUCCUUAAUAAAAAGAGCUUGAUAAGCUAUUUCACAAACCAGUUAACUAAGAAAAAGCGAAAUUAUAUAGUUUCAUUAACUAAAAUUAAAUUAGUAAAGAUAACCAACUUCACUAAUUAGUCUAUAAAAAGCUAGCUCCAAUAACCUCUAUUUACAAUUAAUCGCAGAUAUUUGAAACCAAAAAACUAAGCAAUUUUGAUUAAAAUUUGAGUCCUUUCCCUAGAUAUUACUUCAAAUAAAAUAAAUAGAGAGUUGAAAAAUAAUUUGGAAAUUAAUAUGCUUACUAAUUAAUUAAUAACAUAAAUUUGUAAAAAAAGCUGAGUUUGAUAAAAGCCAUUUCCACUAGAAACACCAAGUUGAAUUUAGAUACUUUACAGAAUUUGAAUUAAAAAUGA